UUGAAUCCUGUUAUUGCACAAAACAAACAUGUAUAACUUAAGACAUCUAGCAGUAACAUAUGGUUAACUUAUGCUAUGCAGGUAGUGCUGCUUCUCUGUGAGGAUGCGUCUGUGUGCGUUUGGUCUUCUUACAUUUGAGGAAAUAGUGACACAAACAUUUGAAAAAUUAUGGUUUUAAGUGAGCAGAAAGGAUGUUAUGUGUAGUUUUAUACAUUUGUACGCAGAGAAAGUUUAAUGAAAGAGAAAAUUAUCAGAUUCGUGAAGAUAAACUUAAUAAAUUGUGUGUAACUGAUCAGUGUUUAUUUGGGUUUGGAUGUAUACAUUUGUAAAAGAAGUUUUGCAUGUGCUCAAAUUGCUUUGCAUUUAUGUGUGGAUUUAAACAUGUUUGAGAAUCCUCUAAAGUUAAACACACAUCACUGCAGUCAUUUGUCUUAGUUUACACUCAUACUUAUUUGUAACACUGUUGAGACAAAUUUUGCUAUAAAAAAAUUCCAGGUUUAGUGUUUCUAAGGUCUUUGUGCUCUCCGACAUCUCGUGUAAAGAUUUGAGGAAAUGAUUAGUUGCACAAAUCAUGAGAAAAUCUGUUUGGUUUCUUGACAUGAUGGUGCAGCUUUAGAGCUGAACAACAUUUGAGAAGUCAAAACAAACAGAAAAUGUGACAGCAAAAAUUUCCCUUCACGUUUGAAAAACAACCCAAACAAAGCUGCUCAACAUGACUGAAAUAUCAAAGGAACACAUGAAGUCAGAUCUGUGUGAGAGGCAGAAACUCACAUGCGUAAGAAAACAUCUGAAUGUUUCCUGGCUGAUAAUCACAUUAAAAGUCUCUGCUUAGCCACCGGCUCUCACCUGCUGACAGAGGCAGAACAAAACCUGAAAAACCAGAACUUCAGGAUCAGAAUUCGAAAAGUGAAACUGAAAGAGCUUUAAAAUCUGUUUCUUUUAAACAAGAAUCAAACUGAGCUCAUCCAGCCGUUCUCAACAGCACAGUAGAGAUUCUGUCCAACACUGCAGUUUCACUGCGGAAAAUCUGUUUCUCCUCAAAGGAACCUUAAACUGAGCUCAUCCAGCCUUUCUGAGCAGCACAGCAGAGCUUCUGUCCAACACUGGGUCUGAAGAGCUCACUGCUUUGUGCCUGACACACCUGCAGGGAGAGGCGGAGAUUCAACUGAGUCUAUCAGGUUUUCCUCAACAACACAACAAACAGCAAUGGCUGGUAUUGUCCUCAUGUGGAUCUAAGAGUAAAAAAACCCUGUGAAACUGAGUGUUGGUCGUGUUUAACAUGACCAUCCACCACCGGAAGAGGAGACAUGAGACAGAAGGAAACAUGUCUGCUGCCUGCUGUCUUCUAUCUGAAGAUCGGUUUCUGUGCUCCAUCUGUCUGGAUCUCUUCACUGAUCCAGUCUCCACACCAUGUGGACACAACUUCUGCAAAAACUGCAUCAGUCAACACUGGGAUAUCAGUGACAGGUGUCAGUGUCCUGUGUGUAAAACGGUGUUUGAGAUCAGACAUGAGCUGGGGGAAAUCUCUGAGCUGAUGAAGAGAAGCUCUGAGGUGGAGCAGCUCUCACUCUCUAAAGAUCACCUCCACCUCAUUCAAAGCUUCUCAUGCCUACAAGUUGCUCCAACCAGCAAUGACUGGACAGAGGUCAGUAUCCAUCCACUAUCAUAUGAGCUGUUUGAGGCUGAGCUGAAGAGGGUCCAGCAGUAUGCAGUGGAUAUGACUCUUGAUCCUGAUACAGCACAUCAGAAACUCAUCCUGUCUGAUGAUGGAAAACAAGUACACUGUGGUGAUAGAAGGAAGCAACAUCCAGACAACCCAGAGACAUUUUUUAAAGGUGUUUGUGUUUUAGCAAAGCAGAGUCUCUCUUCAGGCAGAUUAUACUUUGAAAUUCAGGUUAAAGAAAAGACCAAAUGGUUUUUAGGGGUGGUCAGAGAGUCAAUCAACAGGAAGGAAGACCCCAAUCCGAGUCCUGCGAAUGGUUACUGGACAGUAAUUUUAGGUAAAAAUAGUUUUAUAGCUCUUGACAACCUUCCAGUCCAUCUUCCUCUUCACCGUCCUGAGAAGGUGGGAGUGUUUGUGGAUUAUGAGGAGGGUCUGGUCUCCUUUUAUGACGUAGAUCUCGCAGCUCUUAUCUACUCCUUUACUGGCUGCUCCUUUACCGAGAAACUCUACCCAUUCUUCUGUCCCGGUAAUAAUGAUGAUGGUAACAACUCUGCGCCGCUGAUCAUCUGUCCUGUCAAUCAGCCAGUCUGAUCUUUUUACAUGAGGAAAUUGGAUCAAUUAUAGGUUAAGCUCAUUAUUUUAACUAACACAAAGAAGAAGUCCUAUAAACAGAACUUGGCAAACUGCACCUUCUGAAGAUUAUGAGAUUCACUCAGAAGCUGCAGAAGUUCAACGUUAGUUGAUUUCUAUUUAUUUUUUAAUCUGUUUACAAGUUGAAGAAAAUGAUCCAUUUGAGGAAAUCCAGUGUGAGUAAAUAGACACUCUCCUUUUCUUUUCUUUUUUUUCAAUGUUUAAAGGCACACGUAUGAGUACAAAUGUUAACAUUGUAUUAUUUUAAUUGACCUGGUGUUAUAUCAAUAUCAAAGUCAAGAUGGAGACACUGUUCCUCUGUUCUACUACAACACACUUGUUCAUAAUCACAUAAAUAUAAAUCUGAACUUUUAUCGUCUCCUUUGAUGAUCAUCAGCUGCUGAACUUUAGUCAUCUUACCUCUGAAGUAACAGGACUAUGAGCUGCUGUUUUGAAUCAAUAAUAUUAUUUUAACUAUCAUACACGUCAUAAAUGCAUUUGUACCAUCAUUUUUAUGUUUAGUUUCAAGACUGCGAUACUUGAUCAGCACACAAUGACACCCAUGGCCCACUCGUCCUUUUUCCUUCUCAACCCUGUCCUUCGUUCAUGAUGCAAAUGUAAAGUUGUGGUAUUGGUACUUAAACAUUUAGCUAGCUAAGUCUUAAAUCAUUACUCUUUCUCUCUGGUGUUCAGCCUAAAUGUAAAUGUUGAUGCAGCAGUUGGAGUAAAAAUCCAGCAGAGGGCGCUCUGAGCCAGGGCAGCACUGUCACUGCUGCUGUGCAUUAUUUAAACCAUUAAACUCAUGCGUGUAUUUGAUUAAUGAUUAUUCAGGUCAUCAGAGCCGUUGCUGUGUUUCACUCUGAAUAAGAUGAUGCCGUCUAAAUUAAAAGCAUAAUAAAUUUUAGAAUGCAGAGGGAAGCCCGACCUGCUCUCUAUUUUCAGACAUUAGUUUUGUUUCAGUGGAGAAUAAUGAAAUAGUUGCUGUAGUUCUUUUCUGCUGUUGCUGUUAGCGCUCUCAUUUCUCACUGAGGCCCUGACUGUUAAAUACACUGAAUGAAACAGCACCUCAGUAAAUACUGUGUGUAUAAUAAGUGGUGAAACGCAGUGCUGUCUGAGAGUCGAUGCUGAGUUUGUCUCAAAGCUGUUUCAGCUCAUUUUAAAUGCUGUCAUCGAUGUUCUGACACCCCGAAAGAUGAAAACCAAACCAAUAACUCUGUUAAUCUCUUAUUGUGUAAAACUUAAUUAAUAAAAUAUUUCCACAUGA